AAAAAAACAAAAUUAAAAAAAAAAUCAAUUUGUUCGAGGAAGCUUGGGAAUAUGGGAAACUCGGGUAAGGAGUUCUGAGUUUUAUUAGAGUUGAGGUAUUGAGAGUUUUGAGAGGUUGAGCUUAGUUGAGGUUGAUGGGAUUUCCCCUGAACUGAAUUACGGCGGUGCAGAAAUGGGCUUCUUCAGUUCCAUCAUUGGGUUUUGUGGAUUUGGAGUUGGCUUGACGGCCGGGCUCGUGGUUGGCUACUAUUUCUUCAUCUAUUUCCUCCCCACCGAUGUUAAGGACCCUGUCAUCCGGCCGCUGGUUGAGCAAGACACUCAAGCUUUGCAAAAAUUGAUCUCAGAAAUCCCUCUUUGGGUAAAGAAUCCAGAUUAUGACCGAGUUGACUGGAUCAACAAGUUCCUUGAGUACAUGUGGCCCUAUUUGGACAAGGCCAUAUGUAGGACUGCCAAGACCAUUGCUAAACCGAUCAUUGCCGAGCAAAUCCCAAAGUAUAAAAUUGACUCUGUCGAAUCUGAGACGCUGACUCUGGGGUCUUUGCCUCCAACACUGCAAGGUAUGAAGGUCUAUCUUACUGAUGAAAAGGAAUUAAUCAUGGAGCCAUCCCUUAAAUGGGCAGGGAAUCCUAAUAUCACUGUUCUUGUUAAAGCAUUUGGUUUAAAAGCAACUGCCCAGGUUGUAGACUUUCAAAUCUUUGCAGCCCCACGUAUCACCCUUAAGCCUUUGGUCCCAAGCUUUCCUUGUUUCAGCAAAAUAAUUGUGUCACUUAUGGAUAAGCCACAUGUUGACUUUGGUUUGAAGAUUCUUGGUGCUGAUCUCAUGUCAAUUCCUGGGUUAUACGGGUUUAUCCAGGACAUCAUUAAAGAUCAGGUGGCUAACAUGUAUCUGUGGCCUAAAGCUCUGGAAGUGCAAAUUUUAGACCCUUCAGUAGCCACAAAACGGCCUGUAGGGAUUCUUCACGUGAAGAUUUGUAGAGCAACAAACCUGAGAAAGAAAGAUUUACUUGGAGCUUCUGAUCCCUAUGUCAAACUCAAACUCACAGAGUCAAAGGCCCCAUCAAAGAAGACUUCUGUGAAGCACAAAAAUUUAAAUCCAGAGUGGAAUCAGGACUUUCAAAUGGUUGUUAAAGAUCCAGAAUCUCAAGUACUUGAGAUAUAUGUUUAUGAUUGGGAACAGGUUGGGAAACACGAAAAGAUGGGCAUGAAUGCUAUCCCACUCAAGGAUCUAACCCCUGAUGAAACCAAAACCAUGACACUUGAUCUCUUAAAGACAAUGGAUCCGAAUGACGUUCAGAACAACAAGUCACGUGGGCAGAUCACGAUGGAACUAACAUACAAGCCUCUCAAAGGGGAGGACGAGGUAAAAGAUAUUUCAGAGUCUGCAACUAACAAAGCUCCAGAAGGGACACCACCAGAAGGAGGUAUGCUUACAGUAAUAAUCCACGGAGCUGAAGAUGUUGAGGGAAAGCACCAAACUAACCCAUAUGCACAGAUCACUUUCAAAGGGGAGGAGAGAAAGACAAAGCAACAGAAGAAAACCAGCGAUCCGAGAUGGGAAGAGGAGUUUGAAUUUAUCUUGAAGAAGCCUCCUUUGGAUGAAAAGCUGCAUGUACAAGUUGUCAGUACAAGGACUUCUUUUCUGCACCAUAAGGAAACAUUGGGGUACGUUGAUAUCAACCUCUCAGACGUGGUUCAGAAUAGAAGGAUCAACGAGAAGUACCAUCUGAUUGAUUCAAAGAACGGGAAGAUACAAAUUGAGCUGACUUGGAAUCCUACUUCUUAGUCCUUCCUCCUGAAGAUGAAGAUGAAGAUGUCAUGCAUCCCCUUUUCUUACUCUUGCUGUGAGCCUAGUACUUCUGCCGCUCUAUAUGGCACAUGUUGGAGUACAUUAUUAUCAUGUUCUUGUUGCUGUUGUCUGUAUCUAUUUCUUUCAAUUUGUUGUUUGUUCGUGUUGUUGUGCGUUCAUCUCCGGGUUCACCAAAGGUUAUGCGUUGUUAUCAUAGGUUUUACAGAAGGGUUGUGCUUACCGCGUGUAUGGAUUACAUACAUUAGAAUACAUGUAUAAUGUUUCUUUCAAAGGAUUCUGUGAAAGUAAUCAGAAUGAAGCCCAAUCCGUUUU